CAUAAUGUCCAUAGUGUCGGUGUAGGAAGGAUAACAAGGAAGAACAGCUGCAAUUCCCACUCACUUGUCUGCAACUUGAACGGCUUUUUGAGAACCCAAAACAGAAAAGAGAGAAGAGAUGAGAUGGUGAGGCAGAUAGGGAAGCAGACCUCAGGACCGGCGAGAUUGGUAUUGUUAUGCGUCGGGCUGCUGGGGAUCGGACUCAUUGCCGAUUUCUUCUGGGCUUCAUCUGCCCGCUUCAAUUCUUCUCUUUCUAUUUCCAACAACUGGUCUCCUCAUUCUUCCAAUGCCCCUGCAUUCGUCGUCCCCUCCAAGCAACCUGAUCAAUUGCCCUCAAAGCCAAAGGGAGAAAGUGUUGAAGAAAAGGCUCCUGUUCCUCAAAGGCUGUUAGCAGCUACUUUUGCUGAUUUGCCUGCUCCACAACUCAAAUGGGAGAAGAUGGCAGCUGCACCUGUUCCUCGUCUAGAUGGGGCUGCAAUACAGAUUAAGAAUCUUCUUUAUGUCUUUGCUGGAUACGGCACCAUUGAUUAUGUGCAUUCACAUGUUGAUAUAUACAAUUUUACGGAUAAUACAUGGGGAGGAAGAUUUGAUAUGCCAAAAGAAAUGGCACAUUCACAUUUAGGGAUGGUAACAGAUGGGCGAUACAUUUACGUGGUCACAGGACAAUACGGUCCUCAAUGCAGAGGGCCUACAGCUCACACAUUUGUUCUUGAUACUGAAACAAAUAAAUGGCGGGACAUGCCCCCUUUGCCACUCCCUAGGUAUGCACCAGCCACUCAACUUUGGAGAGGUAGACUUCAUGUGAUGGGUGGCAGCAAGGAGAACCGGCAUACUCCUGGAUUAGAGCAUUGGAGUCUUGCUGUCAAGGAUGGGAAAGCAUUAGAAAAGGAGUGGAGGAGCGAAAUACCCAUUCCACGUGGGGGACCACACAGGGCCUGUGUUGUCUUUAAAGAUCGGCUUUACGUUAUUGGGGGUCAAGAGGGUGAUUUUAUGGCCAAACCUGGAUCACCUUUUUUCAAAUGCUCACGAAGAAAUGAGGUGGUAUAUGGUGAUGUAUACAUGCUGGAUGAUGAAAUGAAGUGGAAAACGUUACCUCCUAUGCCAAAGCCAGAUUCACAUAUUGAAUUUGCUUGGACAAUUGUUAACAAUUCUAUAGUCAUUGUUGGAGGCACGACAGAGAAACACCCUGUAACCAAAAAGAUGGUUCUGGUCGGAGAAGUGUUUCAGUUUAAUCUAGAUACACUGAAGUGGUCCGUGAUUGGAAAACUCCCCUUCCGUGUGAAAACCACACUGGUCGGAUAUUGGCGAGGAUGGUUGUAUUUCACAUCUGGGCAGCGAGACAAAGGGCCGAGUGAUCCAGCACCUAAGAAGGUCAUUGGAGAAAUGUGGAGAACCAAGUUAAAAUUGAACUCAUAAUCCAUCUUGUCUUGAUAUUUUACCAAAUAUCUGCUCAUUGUUUAAAUCAUUGUUAUAUUGAUUAUUUUUUGGCAGCAUUCGUGUGGUAUAGGUAUUGGCAUCUUUUUCCCCAGCUGUAGUAUGUCAUUAAAGAUCACCAUACUCAGCAGGAAAUCAUUUCACAUAUGUAACUUUAAUGUAGGAAAAAGUAAUUAAGCCUAUAUUACUAAUUAUUCAUUUUGUCACA